GCGACCGCAUCAAACCCAGAACAUGUUUGACUUUAUUAAUCAAAUCGACUUCAGCGAGGAGUUUAAUGUGACUGCACUUGAAAUAUACGAUUUCUAAUGACCCGUGCAAAAAGUGAAGAAAGUGACAGCCACAGCACAGCAUGCAGGUCAGCGGUUAUCUGUGCGCUCUCAUCGCCUGUAUUGGAUUAACCCUGUCCGUGCCGACCGGAAACCAAACGCGACUGGAGUCUGGAAACGACGCGCCGCCGCUCCUCCUGGUGUCGUUUGAUGGUUUUCGCGCAGACUACCUAAAGAAAUACUCAUUUCCCAAUCUCGAGAAGUUCUUCUCCGAGGGCGUCCUUGUGCGCGAGCUGACCAAUGUGUUCACGACGAAAACCUUUCCCAAUCAUUACAGUCUCGUCACAGGGCUGUACGCGGAGAGCCACGGGAUACUGGCCAGUAUUAUGUACGACCCGGUGUCGAAAAAGACAUUCUCCAUUCAGAAUGACAGUGACCCUUUCUGGUGGAACGAAGCCACUCCGAUUUGGGUGUCCGUGGAGGAGUCUGGAUAUAAGGCAGCGGCUGCUAUGUGGCCAGGAACGGAUGUCAAUAUUCAAAACCACACAUUAAAAUACCAAUUCGAAUACGACCCCAAGGUGACUUUCCAAGACAGGCUGGGAAACCUCACACAGUGGAUGACCACGGACAAAUCUGUGAAGUUUGCCGCUCUGUACUGGGAAGAGCCCGACCGGAGCGGACACAUGUACGGCCCGGAGAACACCACUGAGAUGAGCAGGGUUUUAAAGGAAGUGGAUGGUCAUAUAGGCUUCCUGAUGGAGCAGCUCAACAAAACAGGAUUAUGGGGGAAAAUAAAUGUCAUCAUCACUAGUGAUCACGGUAUGGCACAGUGCUCUCAAGAGCAUCUUAUUAAACUGGAUGGCUGCAUCAGUCCGAGCAGCUAUAGGGUGGUGGAUCUCACUCCUGUGGCUGCCAUAAUCCCACUGGAAGUUAACGAGCAGUGCGGAGAGCUAGCAUUAGCGGUGGGCCUCGUCAUCGGGGUUCUGAUCAUCCUGACCACCUUCACCUGCCUAUUCAAGCUGAUGAAGAACAGAGAUGCCUCGUCUUCACGUCCGUUCGCCCGCUUGGAGUUAGAGGACGACGCUGAUGACGAGCCGCUGCUUGAAUGA